AUGGAAAGAAGAAAAGUGGAUGUGCUCUGUGUCCAAGAGACCCGGUGGAAAGGAGAGAAGGCCAGGGUGAUUGGAGGAGGCUGCAAGAUUUGGUACAGAGGGGAUGAUGGACAGAGAAAUGGGGUAGGAGUCGUGGUCAGAGGAGAUCUGGUGGACAAUGUGGUAGAGGUGGAGAGGAUAUCAGACAGAUUGAUGACGAUGAAGCUGGAGGUGAACGGAAUCCUUAUCAACAUCGUGUGUGCAUACGCGCCACAGGUGGGAUGUGACGAAAAGGAGAAGGAGGCUUUCUGGGCAGACAUGUAUGAAACAGUGGAGAAAAUACCAAGAUGCGAAAGGUUGGUGAUUGGAGCUGAUCUGAAUGCCCAUGUGGGCGAAGGUAACACAAAUGACAAAGAGGUAAUGGGAAAGCACGGGUUCGGAAGAAGAAACGCAGAAGGCCAGAUGGUUGUGGACUUUGCCAAAAGGUGGGAGCUUAUGGUGAGCAACACCAUGUUUGUGAAGAGGAGCCAGCAGAAAGUGACGUACAGCAGCGGAGGAAAAAGCACGCAAGUGGACUACGUGCUUGUGAGAAGAGAGAGAAUGAGAAAUGUGUGGGACACUGAGGUCAUUGUUGGAGAAAGUGUAGCAAAACAACACAGGAUGGUUGUGAGCAGGCUGGUCAUGUGGGCAAAGUGGAGAAGAGCUGAAAAGCGGGAGCCUCGCACAAAAUAG